CCGUGUCCAAUUCACAAUCAUCAUCAGUUCAUCUCACUUCUUCCCAAGAGAAACGAAAUUGUGCUACAGUCAAAGCUACAGCUAGUCUGUCGUCAUUUUUCACCAUCGUUGGUUGUCUUGUCGGUUCGGUGUUAUUUCGUUUUUAUUCAACACUUUUUUUUUUUUAUUCUUCUCUCGUAGCUCUCGUUGUUGUUGUUAAAACUUAAUUAAUUUUUUUAAUAAAUAAAAAAAUUAUUUUCAACAACAAAUUUAUAAUAAUGUGAAUCCCAGUGCUGUGACCAAGAAGUCAAAAAGUGCAUAGGAAUUUCUUACAAAAAAAAAGAAACAGCAGCACAAGAAAAAGAAGCAAGCAAAAAAACGACGAAGAAAUGUGUUGCCAGUGUUACCAUCAAUUUCUCACCACAAUUAUCUGUCAAAACGAAGAAGAAAAGUCAGAAAAUAUAAAUAAAAUUUGUUAUUUUGUUAAAUAAUUAUUUUUUGUGAAAAUUGUAGUAAAUUAAUAAAAUUAAAGAAAAACAAGUGUUUUAUUUUGUUAAGGUAAUCAAACAGAUCGCAGUUUACACCUGCAACUGUUUAUUAGAAAGAGAGGAACGCGUGAACCUCUGGAAAAUACAAGAAAAUCGAAAAAGAUCAAUUUUUUCCGUGAAUUUGUAAGAAAAAAAAAAAUUAAAUAAUGGAAUCUAAUGAUUCAACAAAUGAAGGAGGAGGUGGAUCAGGAAAUCAAGAAGACAAUUCAAUGGCAAGAUCAAUGCCAUCAUCAUCCGCAUCCUCCUCUUUUUCAACAAUUGCUGCAACACCUGUUCCGAGUACAAGUCGUGGCGAAUCGGACAGAAUUGCAAACAUGAUUCGUUCGGCUUCGCUUUAUAAGCGUCAACACGAAAUCGGAGCACUGGUCAAUGUGGAAUGUUGUCGCAACGGACCUACGCCCGAUUUGGAUGCUAUUAUGUAUCAUUUGUUUAGUCCAAAGGAACCAAUUGAUAAUACAGAUAAAAUGGAUUGGAUACGUUGGUUGAUAGCCGGUGGUAGAACGCUGGAGGAAUUUGUUAAAUUUGUUCGAAGCUAUGACAAUCAUGCAAAAUGCGGUUUAGUCUGGGUGCCACACGUUGUUGCCUAUCGAUGUCGUACGUGUGGCAUAUCACCCUGUAUGUCAAUAUGUCGUGAUUGUUUCAAAAAAGGAGAUCAUACCAAUCAUGAUUUCAAUAUGUUUCUAUCUCAAGCUGGCGGUGCGUGUGAUUGCGGUGAUACAUCGGUAAUGAAAGCCGAAGGAUUUUGCACCGAUCAUGGCAUUAACAAAGGUGCCAACAAAGAUCCAGUUCCUAACAAUCUAUUGGCAGUGGCCGAAGCCAUAAUGCCAAAAUUACUCUUUCGAUUGUUACAACAUUUCCGUCAAUAUAGUGAUAAUGUUGGUACAUAUAAUAUGGCCGCACAUGCAUGUGAAGAAUUUACCAAUAUGCUCAUUGAACUGAAUAAUAUGGGCGAAAUAAUGCGUAAGGUCAUGACGAGAGCUCUUAUCAAUCCUGAGGUAUAUAAAUUUUACAACGAACAACCCUGUCCAGAUACUGAACAUGGAAAUUUCCUUAAAGCCAAUAAGAAGAAGUAUGAGGAUGCGGUUAAUCGAUUUCCCAGACCGGAACCUCCUGAUGAUUAUAAACAUUUACCAGCAUUAGGAGAAAAACUUAAUCACACAACAUUGUUGGAAGAGUUUAUAUUUUGGACGUUUAAAUUAGAAUUUCCACAAAAUUUAGUGUGCUUCCUGCUAAAUAUGCUGCCAGACCAAGACUAUAAGGAACAUCUAACCCGUACAUUUGUGAUGCACUACAGCCGAAUACCAUGUGUUCUAGAAAUGUCUAGAGAUCCCGAUACGCUUAGCAAUCGCGUAGUUCACAUGAGUGUUCAACUCUUCUCGAACGAAAGUUUAGCUCUCAAAAUGGUCAAUGAACUUUCUCUCUUGCACGUAAUGAUAAUCAGUUUAAAACUGAUGAUGUCCAAAAUACUCAUUCAAAACACACUUCAUGUAGAUCCCGUCAAGAACUUCCACUUUGUGAUCGACUGCACUCGCAGUGUUAUGAAAGAACAUUGCUAUUGGCCUCUAGUGUCGGACUUUAACAAUGUGCUCUCGCAUGAAUCGGUUGCAUUGGUUUUCCUACGUGAUGACAAUCUAAUUGAUAUGUGGUUUCAAUUUCUGUCAAUGCUUCAGGGUAUGAAUGUCAAUGUGCGAGAGACAACAAGUCACGUGGAAUUUGAACCAAGUUCAUAUUAUGCUGCGUUUUCUUGUGAACUUGAAGCUAGCGCUUAUCCAAUGUGGUCGAUUAUAUCUCACCUCAAGGAUGGCAAACACGCCCCAUUGGCAAAGAAGAUUUUAACUUAUUGUGUAAAUACUCUACAUGAAUGGCUAGAUGCAAUAUAUUUCUUGGAACCCAGGUUAAGUAAGGAGGAAAUGAUGCAAGCAUCAUUUCACUUUCCACUUCAUCGCUAUCUAGCUGCAUUCCUGUGCCAAGCUGUCACAAAGAUGGGAAUGUCUUUGAGUGAUAUAUUACCAUCUUCAUCAUAUAUAUUGCCACUGUUGAUGAUACAUCCAUUGAGAGUUCAGAGUUUCUUCUACGAAAUCUUAGCUGGCAAAUGGGUUCGCAAUGGCCUUCAAAUAAAAGGACAAGCAAUGACAUACAUCCAAGCGAAUUUCUGCAAUUCAAUGGCCGAUAUGGAUUUGUUUUUCCUUCAAAUAUGCGCCACAAAUUUACCCGAUUACUUCUUUCUAACCAAUGCUAUCGAUCUAUUUAGCGUUGGUCAAUGGCUAGAAAUGGCUCCACUUAAAUCACCACAAAAAAUGGAACAAGCCUCAAUGUUGGAAGGAUUUUUAACUUUCCUAGCCACCUUAGUAACAUCACGUACAAAUCUGGGCAACGAUGAAGCCACUCAAUGUAUCAUAGAAAUCAGUGCAUUAUUGGCCACUGAAAACAAAACGCACAGUCAGUUACUCGAACUUAUGCCAGAACGUUCCGGCAACGUUCAUACAAAGAAUUUUGAAACUUUCCUCAAACAGUUAUCUGUUUAUAAGGCACCUUCUUCGGGCUCCGAUAACUUGGAACAAGGAUUGUUUACACCCAUUGACGAAGUUUGGGAAAACUACUAUGAUCCAUUGCAUGUACUGUUGCGUGCUGUACAUCGACGAGAUUUCCAAAGCUCACUUGAUCGAUUCACGAAUUUUGUAAAGUCUAAAGAUAAGAUGCCUGCAAGUGGGAAUCUCUGGCCACCAUUUAGACUUCCGAGGCCAGUGGGAAAGGCUUUCGGUGAUCCAUGCCGAAUUUUGAAUUCGAGAGUCUUUCAUUCGACAAUUCUUUCGAUAUUCUUCCGAGCGGUACAUUCAAGAGAUGUAUCUGAGCACUUACUAGCAUUGGCUGUUUUCCUUUUGGAAAUUGCCGUUGAAGUAAGUGACGAACCAAGCAAUGGAGCCAUGGUAGAAUGCGAAUCAGCAUACCAACAACAGUUUUAUACAUUUUCACGUAGAGAUCCACCAAAGCUAUUACAAUGCUUUCCCACAGAUAAUCUCUGUGAGAACCUACGACAUGUUGUUGAUAAGUUAUCACUUAAGUCACAAGAGCCACAAGUAUCGCCAGCCAACUAUCGUUCGAAUCCAUUUUACAAUGAUAUUGACUUUGAUGUUUCCGACAGCGAAACGUUGCCUAUGAUUGUCGGAGGAGAAAACGAAAGAGGAGCAUCAGCAUCGAACACUAAUAACUCAUUGGCUGUUCUUUCUAUGGAAGUGGCAUUGCCUCAGGACCUUUCUGUAGUUCCUGAAACUUCUCUUGUCAUCCGCAGCAUUGAUGACGAUAGCGAUAGUCAAAUCGAAGACAACCACUCCAUGGCCCUACAGACAAUAAACAAUAUGCCACCAAGGUAUACAUUACAACCAAUAGCUCCACCCGAAUCAGGAAUGGAAGUGGUCAUUCGUCGGGAUCUGGGUUUAGCUACAACAAGUGAUGGAGCUCAAGUGACUUCUACGACUGUAGCAAAUCGUCAGCCAAAUGAAAUGUUUUCCCCAACUUCGCACAUUGCUGGUGGUAUGUUGUUGCCUUUCCAACGGGUCCAACCCGUUGCAGUGCCAAGUAGCAAUUUGGACAUUGUUCCGUCGAAUUCUCUUGGCGCUGGCAGUGGAAGUAGUGGUUCCCGUCGAACCUUCGAUUCCAGCAGCCGUAUGAGAAAUGUAGAGCACGCAAUCGGACUAAAUAAAGAUGAAGUUGUCAUCGAGGAGAGUAUCCUGUCGCUGCUGUUGAAGUUGCAUUCGCAACUUAGCGGUACGCUGGAUAGUUUCUCGUUGAAAGACGUCGAUGAUGACAAGGCUUCUUCAUCAUCAACAAUGGAUGUUGAUUGUGAUGAAGCAGGUCCAUCGCCGUCAUCUUCAUCAUCGUCCUGCUCAUCAUCGUCAUUUAGUCAUCAUCGACAAGGGAAUACACGAAAUAUUCGAAUAUCUGAUUCCCGAAUCGGUGACGGACCAUUCUUCAUUGGCAAUCUUCUCCGUAAAGUCGCCAAGCGAGAUGAAAAAUGUGCCCAAAACAUCGAAGAAAUUCGAAGUCGAUUGUGGCCGAACCAAAGAGAAAAACAGGCCGAACAAAAGGCCCGCGAAACUAGAGAAAAAGAAGAACGUUCCCGCAGAGCCAAGGAGAGGCAACGCAAACUAAUGCAAGACUUUGCCAAUAAACAAAAAGAAUUUAUGCAAACAGCAGGCCAAAGUAUGGAAUGUGGCGAUGACGAAGAUGACGAGGAGUACGAACAACCUCGUGAAAAAGAAUACGAUUGUAUUAUAUGCAAUUGUACAAGUGCCAGUACAGAUGCAAAUCCCAUAGGUUUAGUAGUUUUGGUCGAAUCAAGUGGCAUUGUUGGUCAUCGUCGAAAAGUCGCCGAACGACUACCACUUCCAUUAAAUCUUGAAGACGAAAAGAGGCUUAAAACCAGCAGUAUCUUAGCAACUGACUUCAAUCGACGCAAUCGAAUUUUAAGUGAGAAAUUCGGUGAGGAGUCAUGGUAUUUGUCCAAUAAUUUAGGUUACGAAAACGGAGUAUAUGUACAGUCGUGUGGUCAUCAUGUUCAUUUGAGCUGUCUCGACGCUUAUCUCAAAACCCUCUAUGCCACCCAACGACAACAUCUUCACGAUCGCGGCGAAUUCUAUUGUCCCGUUUGUAGACAACUCUCGAAUUCUGUUCUGCCACUGAAUCCACAGUUGGAUAGACCAGCGCCAGUUGUGCGAUCCGGCACACAAUCAUUUGGACAAUUGGUAUUUGAGCUAAUGAACUUAAUCAAAGAAAAUGAAAGACCACCACUGAGAUCUUUAAACACGUUCCACUCUUUUUCACAGACGACAACAAAGCUCUCGGAAGCGAUGGGUCGUGCCAUGGAAGACAUGACGAAUAUAACACAUCGCAAGAUUAAUCGUUUCCCCCCAACGUUCCGUAGUUUGUUUCUAUUUGUGACGUCGAUAGCUCGAACAAAUUUAGAAUCGGAAAUAAUUCAACGUGGUGGGACUCUGUGUUCGAAUCAAGCGACACGUUACAAGCCCAAGCGGGAGUGUAUAGUUCCAUUGCUGCACGUCCUUUCUGUCCAUGUACGAGUACUGGUGGAAUGGCCAUUGUGGCGAUCCUGGGCAUCGCUGGCCGGUAUGCCAGUAAUUGACUCAGCACCCGUGCCUUCCCAUUGCAAAGAGUUCAUCCCUAGUCUUUUCGCUGACCCUAUAGCGUUGCUCUUGAAAUUCAUCCUCUUGGCACCGUUACACUUAGACCAAGUUUAUUUCAAUUGUAUAGUGAAAGUUAUGUACAAUCUUUUGUACUAUCAAAUCGUUGUUAAACUAUGCGUUGCUCUGACUGACAUCGAAUGUGACUUCAUUAUGGAAAAAUACAAAGCCACCAGGAGUACAAAUACUCCGCACUUGGGCAGAGCAAUGGCUCUUGUUCUCAGCCACACCGAUAGACUACAAAGACUGCGUCGUGAUUGUCUACCGGCUUCACUUGAUCAAUCCGGACCCAUUGAAGUGAACCUUAAAUCGAUGGAAACACAACUGCAGACUUUGUGUUUACCAUUUCUACGCAUUGCUGCUCUGUUAAGACAUCAUUUAUAUCGCCAUGAAAUGCCAGAGAUCUCAGCUCCGCCAUUGGAAUUCGUACGAUUGGUUUACUACUUGGAGUUGGUUACCGAUAGUAUGGAUUGGGAAUGUUUUAAUGCAUCAAAAGGAUUAUCGUUUAUUCCCGGUACCGAGGAAUCGUUGCCACAGUUCUGGUGUGAACAAUUAGUAGAUGUCCAUCCACCAUUAGAAGCCAUUCGUGAUCUUGUGAUAGUUAAUCAAAAUAUUGCGUGGCAACAGCCAAAGUUGCUUGGUCUACCUAGAGAAUAUGAGCGACUUUUUACGUAUUACCAUGAAAGACCAUGUGAAAAUUGCAAUAAAGUGCCAAAGGAGAGCUCCAUUUGCCUGCUGUGCGGAGCAAUUGUUUGCCUCAAACAAAAUUGCUGCGCUGAAAAUGAUUGUUGUGAAGCAGUUAGACAUACAAUUUCAUGCGGCGGUGGUAUUGGCAUCUUUCUAGUUGUCACAUCGACAUACAUCAUUGUUAUACGAGGUCGUAGAGCGUGUUUGUGGGGUUCGCUGUAUUUAGAUGAUUUUGAUGAAGAAGAUCGCGAUUUAAAACGUGGUAAACCAUUAUACCUCAGCCAAGAUCGAUUCAAUCUUCUAGAAUCUCAGUGGCUCUCACAUAAAUUCGCUCACACAAAACACACUUGGGUGUUCCAUCGUGAUCUAUUGUAAAUAAUAAACAAACACUACAACAACAAUCACAUGUAAUAUAGUGAUUGAGUUUUUAAAUCAAAACGUGGAUUUUAUUUUUAAAUUAUAAUUACAAAAUAAACUGAAAUUUAAAAAGAAAAUAUAAAUAUAUAAAUAUUGAGACAUUGGGUUUUACCUAUACAGACAAAAAUAUAUAUGUAUUUACUUCUUAUCUCACUAUUAAAAGUUACUUAUUCCUCAAAA